UUGAAAAGCCCAGGAGAGUUCAUUUUCAUUCUCGUCGCGCUUUAUGCGUCGGAGCUCUCGACGGUGAAGGGGCUUCAACCCCCAAACCGUAGCUCGUUGAGGGCGGCAGAAUCCAAUCAGAAUCUCAAUCGGACGCUCUCUAGACCGAUUUUUCAAAUUAAUCCAUCAAAUCAUGGAAAUUGCAGACAUGGUGAACAAAAAGAACCCUAACCCAUCACACGACGAAGAAGACCAAAGCGAGAAACAAGAAAGCACUAGAACGAGGAAGAAUAAGAAUCGGUCGCUUCCAAUUGACGUUGUGGCCGUCAUACUAUCAAGACUACCCGCAAAAGAUGUUGCGAAAUUCCGCUGCGUCUGCAAGGAGUGGUUUUAUCUAACUCAUGAUCCUUGUUUCUUGAAAUCACUGCGCGAGAGAUCUUCGAGCUACAUAAUUAUCAGCAAGUAUGUUGUUGGUGGUAGCAUCAACCUGUGUGAUUUCAGCAAUGCUGAUGUGAAAAAACCAACAAUGAGUACAUGCAGAUUAAAUCUGGGGAGGAAGUAUUACAUGUUGUCGAAUUUUGUUGAUGGCUUGACUUGUGCUUAUGCGGCUACCAGUAAAUCCCGUGUAUACUUGUUGAAUCCUAUGACUCGGGAGCUUCAAGAAGCUUCCAAGAAGAGCGGUUGUCAUGAAAGGCAUUCUAGAGGAAAGUUUUGGUCUUGGUAUUGACAUGGUUACGGGAAGAUACAAGGUAGUUAGAUUAGUUUCUCAUCCUGCAAGUCAAUGUUUUUACUGCGAGAUAUACAGUGUGGGGACUACGAGAUGGAGGUGUCUUGGUGAAGCACCUUUUAAUAUUCGCUACCACUCUGAUCCAGUUUUCUUUAAUGGAGCCAUACAUUGGCUUGGAGUAACAAGAGGCUGUAAUCAACAACAACCGAGUGUUUUCAGGUUCGAUAUCAAAGACGAGAAGUUUGGAUCAAUGAUAUCAACCCCAAAUCCCUCGUUCUAUAUGCACUUGUAUUGUUUGAAGGAGUGUGGUGGGAAGCUUUGGCUUGUAUUCUAUAACUCAGUCGAACUUUACUAUGAGAUGUGGACUAGGAAGGAUUAUUUGAAUGAUACAUGGGUGAAAGAAUAUACGUUCCCUACUAGCAACAUUCCAAGAUUCCUCAUGGGUCAUAAUGUUACAGACAUUGUAGACGGUGAGAUCCACUUUACAUUCUGUGAAGACGGAAAAUGGCAUGUCAUUUCUUAUAAUCCUCGUAGUGGAGCUUUUCGCGAGCUCUUUGUGGGAGGAGAGCAUGGAGAUCUUGCUUUCUACAAGGAAAGCCUUAUUUCGCCGAAGAAGUUGUCAAUGUAUCUCAGAAAUGUAUAAAAUAGAAUGGAAUGGAGGCGUUUAAUGCAUUGAAUGUGUUUGAAGUAUUUGUCAUGAUGUAGACGUAAAGCACCAGAGGAAUGGAACAUUUUUGCCGAUCUUGUAUAGAACUUUUCAUUUCAUAUUCUCACCAGAGCA